AUGUGGGUUCUACUGUUCUUUAGUGCAUUAGUGACUGUGACCAUUGGUAAGGAUAAUUACAGUGAUGUCAAAAAAUCCAAGGUUUUUCGGAAAUGUUGUGAUAUAAAUCAAAUUCUUGUUAAAAUUACCGAAGAUGAUUUAACUUUUAUAGAACGGUAUGAGUGUUUUGAUCUAGAGCAGAUUAGAGAAUCUUAUAAUAUUUCCGUUUUGCCUCUUCUACUUAACGAUGUUAGGGUACAAUCAGGCUUGCCAAAUUAUUGUGAUCUACAAAUGAGUGAAGUAGGACCUGAAACGAAGGUCUUCUACUCUGAAGACGAAUGCUAUGAUAGACUCGGUGUUGAAGUUUUUAAUGGUACUCUUAAAGAGAGCACACCGAUGACCGUUGCUUUAAGUUGCAACAGGAGUGAUGAAUUAAAUGCUCCACUUUCGAAUUUGGAGAUAAAUAAAAUAAUAAAAUGUUGCCCAGAGGGACAAGUCUAUGAUUCCCAGUACCACGUCUGUAUUAAAAAUGCAAUAACAGCUGCCGAUUUGAUGCAAAACAUUAAUAUAAAUGGUCGAUACAUUUAUGAAGUUGAAUUUGGAUCGCGGUGUAAGUUUGAUGAGUACGCCGUAGAAAUUAGUGAAGAUUUAUUUUCGUUUUCUAUAAAUGGUAGUAAUUUGAGAACAAAAAGUACGGUAGAUGGCCAGGAAAGGACUCUACUGCGAGGUGAAUGGUGCAUAGAUCAACAGUUCGGUAGAUCAGGGUUAUUGGCACAAGUUUGUACUCGUGAAUGUUCAGAUUUUACCGCUUUCUGCGUCAAAAAAUGCUGUCCACAAGGACAACAUUUCAAAGUUCGUCGGUGUGGAAGCUAUAUUAGUGUUUGUGUGCCGGAUGAGGAUCAUAGUACCUAUUUCGAUAUAUCACCGUACACAAAUCCGAUACGAGAGAAGCAGGAGAAUUUAUUGGAUGUAGUAGGAGUUGGCGUUGGAAUAACAUGUCCAGCCGGACGUUUCGCGUUAAACAAAUCAUUACCUCAAGACUAUCAUGAGCUUACAUCUGACGCGUACUUGGAGUAUGGCUUGACGAUUACAAAAAGCUACUGCUUGGAAAUAUUUGAUAGUCGACAUUGUCCAUCUAAAGAGCUCGUGAUCAGCGGAGUCAUGUGUUUCCAGCCCCCACCUGAGUAUAUGGACAAAGAUUUUCGUGCUUCAUUCGUGGUCAUCACCAUAUCCAGCGUUUGCUUGGCGCUAACGGUGAUCGUUUAUUGCGCCCUCCCUGAACUCAGGAACUUGAACGGACGUAACUUGAUCUGUCAUGUCUCCACGAUGCUUUUGGCGUUCUCCUGCUUAGCCAGAGUUCAACAUAGUGCCGUCACAGAUACACAAAUUUGUACUCUAUUGGGGUAUGGGAUCUACUUUGGGUUUGUUGGAGCGUUUGCUUGGCUCAACGUCAUGUGCUUCGACAUCUGGUGGACAUUUGGGAGCGUCCGCACCGUCAAGCUGCUUCACAAAUCCGCGUCAGAACGGCGCCGAUUUCUGUGGUACUCAAUAUACGCCUGGGGCACUACAUUCCUUCUCACCCUAACAAUGUUUUUAUUGGACAAGUACCCAGUCUCAAUUUACUUGGACGCUAAUAUCGGAACGGGUGCCUGUUGGUUUGGUUCUGAACAGAACACCCAAUUCGAUUGGCCUCACUAUAUCUACUUCGUCAUUCCCAUGGGAAUAGUGACGUUUAUUAAUUUCGUAUUUUGGCUGUUGACUGCCCGAUACUGCGCAAAAGUUAAGUCAGAGGUGCAUCGUCUGCAAGCGGGUUCCGUCGGCGAUAGAGCAAAGAAACGAUUUCGUAUAGAUAGAGCUAAGUACGUUCUCACCGGAAAACUUUGGGUGGUUAUGGGUGCUGGCUGGGUGUCUGAGAUGCUGUCCACGCUAGUUUCUCGACCGCAAUGGCUUUGGAAUAUUGUUGAUCUCAUGAAUGCCCUGCAAGGAGUGUUAAUAUUUGUUAUCCUCGUGGUGAAGCCGAAGCUUUACUAUAUUAUCAGAAAACGGCUAGGUUCAUCACCUCGUCCCAUUGAAACAAGACUUGACAAAGCGGAUGCACAGAAGAAUGCCACUGCUUCGGGCCGCACCUCAUCCACAUUUCUUUCGAGAACUAUCAGUUCAGACGAGCGGACUAACCUUAGAAUUUCUGGACUUGGAACUAAGCAGCUAUAG